UUAGAAAACUUUAAUGUCCCGAAAGGCAAUUUGUUGUGCUCCCGACAGCUCUGAUGAGGAAUACCUUCCAACAAUUUCAUUGCGAAUGGGUGGUGCACUGAAGGGAGCACAGGUAAUUGACAAUCUGCCAACUAUUGGGAUUGAUGAGACUGUGCAUGAUCUGCCUGCCCCUGAAGUCCCUCUCGAUGAGCCCUUGAGUCUCGAGCUGCCGAUUUUGCCAGGCCCUCAGAAGGUCCUCAGAGACGAUGACAUUAUUGGCGUUAGAGCAGCUGUGCUCUAUGAGAACUGCUUGAGGCAGCUUGUCACAUUUUUAACUCUUCCCGUGAACAGAUGCACUGGUGUCUUGAGGACUGGUUUAGUGUGUGACAGUGUUGCCCCAUUUGCAACAAACAUCGGCAUCAGGGGCACUGCAAUGAGUGUUGAAUGGAUCUGCCCCAAUGGACAUUGCCUAUGGCGGUGGAAUUCACAGCCUGUGUUGAAGUUUGGCAUGCAGGCUGGGGACUUUCUUCUUUCCACUAACAUUUUACUUUCUGGAAACAACUACACUAAAGUUGCUCUCCUAUUUAAAUUCAUGAACAUACAAAUGGUAAACACCAACACACACUACACCAUCCAGGACACCUACUGUGUUGACACUAUUAAAGAUUUUUGGGAAGAGAAGAGGUCUGAGUCCAUCAGCCGACUAAAAGGGAUUGAUGUUGUGCUCCUAGGUGAUGGCAGAAAUGACUCACCAGGGCAUUCUGCCCAAUACUGUAGCUACACAACCAUGGAGCUUGACUCUUAAGGAAAUCAUCCAUGUGGCCACUAUAGACAAGCGGCAGACCAACUGGAACUCCAACAUCAUGGAGAAGGAGGGUUUUAUCCAGACAGUGGACAAGCUUACGCAAGAGAUCAAGGUAGUGGAGUUCUGCACGGAUGCUCAUGUCCAGAUUGGAGCCCUUUUGAACCCAGAUAAAGGAAGAUAUAAGGAUCUGAAAAUUCACCACAGCCUGGACAUGUGGCAUGGUGCCAAAAAUUUGUGCAAAAAAAUAGCAACCGCGGGAAAGGUGAAAGGACAAUCUAUUCUCCUUCACUGGCUGAGGGAUAUAGUUAACCACUUCUGGUGGUGCUGCAAGACGGCAGAAACAUUUGAGCAGUUUCUUGCACUUUGGAUUGGAGUUGUGCAUCAUGUUUGCAACAAUCACACCUGGGAAACAGGAAGCUGCCAACACGACCACCUUGAAGACACUCAGGAUAAAGAGUGGAUUGAGAGAGAUUCAAAGAGCCAUAAAGCGCUUGUGGAGAUCGUCCUCAACAAGCGUUGGCAGAAGGAUGUCCACAAGUAUCUGCGCUUCAGAUCGACAGCACAUCUCGAGUCUUUUCAGAAUCCAGCAAGCGCCAGGCCUUCACUCCCCGAGUGUAUGACACGAGAGUUGUGCUCGCAGCCCUGGACUACAAUUUCCACCGGGAACGACCGGCAUACAGGACGGCUGAGGGCCAACAACUAACCAGACUGACUUUAUUUCUGUCAGAUUUCUACAGAAGAUUUUAUUGAGAAUUAACAGAGGUUUAACUCGUACUAGGUUACCAUUAUGGAGAUCAGUGUUUGCUUUAGUUGGGCUCUUGAGCCUUACAUGAUUAACUUCAGAUCUUUCUUUGGUUGCUGUACCUGAGUUACAACAGACAGAUGAACUGUUUUUGAAAAUCAUAAUAUUUGUACCUGUUACAAUGUACUUCAAAUCUUUUCUUAAAAUGUAAUCACAUACAAAGUUUUUUUUAUUAUUAUUAUUUUUUAAGACAUCGAGAAUCAGCCUGUUGAUCUCAAUAAUGGUGACAAAUAUAUAUAAAAUGGUGACAAUUAAGUGAUUAAUUGAGUGAUGAUUGAGCACUAUUGA